UAACAACAGGUUUGUUACAAUUUAAUGACAAACCACAGAACUACAGAGCCUGGAAACGCUCUUUUCAGUCAGCAACACGGGGUUUGGACCUAUCACCAAGUGAAGAAAUGGACCUCCUGCUGAAGUGGCUUGGGAGGGAAUCGGCACAGCAUGUUGAACAGAUCAGAGCAAUACAUAUAAACCAGCCACAAGCAGGGUUAAAUAUGAUAUGGAACAGACUCGAUGAAAAAUAUGGAUCAGCAGAAGCAAUUGAAGAUGCUCUUUUUAAACGCAUUGAAGACUUUCAAAAAAUAACCAAUAGGGAUCACUCCAAGCUAACAAAGUUAGGUGAUCUUCUGAUGGAACUCCAGUCAGCCAAAUCUGAGGGAGAUUUACCUGGCUUGUCUUUCCUUGACACAGCACGAGGUGUUAACCCGAUAGUGCAAAAGCUACCGUAUCGGCUGCAGGAGAGGUGGAUAACUGUUGGCGCAUCCUACAAACAACAAAAACAUGUUCAGUAUCCUCCUUUCUCCUACUUUGUGGAUUUUGUGUGCCAAGAAGCAAAGAUUGCCAGUGACCCAAGUUUCAGCUUUAUUUCUCACACGGACACAACUCAAACAAGCAGAGCAGGUCCGAAGCCAAACAAGUUUAAGGAGGUAUGUGUUCACAAAACUGAAAUCUCUCCUCAAGCUUGCACAGACACUGAUAAGACGUUAACACUUGAUGACUGUGACAAAAUGUGCCCCAUACACAGAAAACCUCACCCUCUGCGUAAGUGUCGUGCAUUUAAAGAGAAAUCCUUUGAGGAUCGUAUGGCACUUCUAAGGGAAAACAACAUUUGUUUUAGGUGCUGUUCAUCAUCCACACAUAUUGCAAGGAACUGCAAGAUCAAGCUGCAAUGUACAGAAUGCAAAAGUGAAAAGCAUCACACAGCACUUCACCCACUACCCAGAUGUGAGUCUGACCCCUUACUUGAGCAUGGCGGGGAGGAUGACAAAUCUGCAAAUCAGCUUCAGGUAACCUCCAAGUGCACCGCAGUCUGUGGUGGAGAACAGACAAAUCGUUCCUGCUCCAAAAUAUGUCUUGUAAAGGUGUAUCCAGUUGGCUGCAGAGACAGGGCUGUGAAACUGUAUGCAAUUCUGGACGAACAAAGCAACAGGUCCCUAGUGCGGUCACAGUUUUUUGAUGUGUUCAAAGAUGAAAGUCCAAGCGCUCCAUAUACACUGAGAACAUGUGCUGGAGUUAAGGAAGCAGCUGGAAGAAGAGCUAGUGGGUAUGUAAUUGAAUCGAUGGAUGGAAAUGUACACAUCCCACUACCAAGUCUAAUAGAAUGUAACAACAUUCCUAACAAUAGGGAUGAGAUCCCAACUCCAGAGGUGGCCCUUCACCAUCCACACUUAAAGUCAUUGGCUCACCUGAUUCCUGUCAUUGACCCACAAGCCCAGAUCAUGCUGCUGCUUGGUCGAGACCUUAUUAGAGUUCAUAAGGUACGUAAGCAGGUGAAUGGCCCACACAACCUUCCAUAUGCUCAGCAACUUGACCUUGGGUGGGUUAUUGUUGGAAAUGUAUGUCUAGGCAGCAACCACAUGCCACAAUCUGUCAACACCUUUUACACCAAGACCAUGGAAACAACACGCCCCACACUUUUUGAAUCUUGCCCUAAUGUGUUCUGUGUGAAAGAGAAAUACAGCAACAUUUACAUCCCAACUUACCCUUCACUCUCAUCUGAGACGGAUCCAGACUGUGAUGCUAAUCAUCUUGGAUGCGCUGUGUUUAGGCAGACUAAAGAAGACAACCAGUUGGCGCCUUCAAUUCAAGAUGGCUUCUUCAUGAAAAUAAUGAAUGAGGGCCUACAUAAAGAUUCAAACAACAGCUGGGUGGCACCAUUACCCUUUAAGCAUCCACGUAAACGACUUCCCAACAACAAGCCCCAAGCAUUAAAAUGCCUCCUCUCCUUAAAGCACAACUUUAAAAGAAAGCCAGAAAU